AUCGGUUUCAGAUCCAAUUUCAACAACUUCGACUCUUUAGGGUUCUCUGAUCACUUGUUGUUUGGUUUUGCGUGUGUCUGAACCAUGGCUUCGAAGAGGAUUUUGAAAGAGCUUAAGGAUUUGCAGAAGGAUCCUCCUUCUAACUGCAGCGCAGGUCCUGUGGCUGAGGACAUGUUCCAUUGGCAAGCAACUAUCAUGGGACCUCCUGACAGUCCCUAUGCCGGAGGAGUGUUUUUGGUUUCUAUUCACUUCCCUCCUGAUUAUCCCUUCAAGCCACCAAAGGUGUCUUUCAAGACUAGGGUGUACCACCCAAACAUCAACAGCAAUGGAAGCAUUUGCCUUGAUAUCCUGAAAGAACAGUGGAGUCCGGCUCUUACCAUUUCCAAGGUAUUGCUGUCGAUUUGCUCGUUGCUGACUGACCCGAACCCAGAUGAUCCACUUGUGCCAGAGAUUGCUCACAUGUACAAGACGGAUAAGUCCAAGUACGAGUCAACUGCCCGAAGCUGGACACAGAAGUACGCCAUGGGCUGAUAAAGACUCAAGUGUUGGUCGAAGACAAGCAAACAUCAUAACGUUAUCUCGCAUCUAAAUAUAUUAAACUAAAAAGAUAAAAUGCAUUUGUUGGGUUUUUUACUAACGCUAGUAUUAUGUUAUAAUAAUCCAGCAAACUUAUAUGCUCUUUACUCUUCUCUGCUAAUCAGCUGUUUUUAAGUUUAGCACAAUUCUAAUUAACAACGGCAUUGACCGUGUCGCCA